AAGAAAAGAAAAAAUGUUAUAAAGUUGUUCGGCCUUUAACAAAACGCUUUAACUUUUACAACAUUUCCUAACAAACAGCCGAAUUGAGUGCAUAUCCAUCCAAACCAUAAACCACUUCUCAUAUUAAUUCUUCAAUUAAUGAACACCACAUACUUCUAAUCAUUAUUAGAAGUAAUUAAGACUUAACAAAGAAAAACCUUUUUUAUAUUUUCUUCAAAGAAUAUGGAGUAUUACGUUAACACUUUCUUCCUCCUCUCCUUACUAACCAUUCUUUUUCUCUCUCAUUCGCCACAAUCCGCCAUAGCAACAACCGAAGAAGGAAACAACAACAACAACAUCAACAACAAACAAAAAACUGGUCACCACAGAGGGGCCAAGCUUAUCUCGAAGGUUUGCCAGAAUGUUACCCAAAAAGCUUUCUGUAGUUCAAUGCUUCUAUCCGAUCCCAACACCCACAAUGCCAACCUACGAGGAUUAGGUCUUAUUGCUCUGAAACAAGCGGCCACUAACGCUUCUGAUAUUUCGGAGUUCAUUAAGACCAAGUUAAAUGAUCCCAAUGUCGAUCCUGAAGUUCAGGAUGGCGCCUCGGAUUGCCUCGAAUUCUACAUCGACGCGGCCGAGCAGCUCGAGGAUUCGGUGUCGGCGCAGAUAUCCAAAGCCUAUAAAGACGUUGAAACUUGGGUCAAUGUUGCCGUCAGUGACUCGAAAUCGUGUGACGUCGCACUUACUGGUUACGAUUCUGUGUUGGGAAACAAGAGUCAAGUGUUUCGUUGGCUUUGUGAAACUGCUUUGACCAUUAAUAAGAUGUUGGUCAAUAAAAAGAAACAUUGAGUUUAUGUCGUUUGUGCGAAUGAGUUGUCGUUUUUAUUUAAUAUAUAAUUAUAUAUAUUUUUUCAGCGAUCCCAUGUGUAUGACAUUUUAGCACCCAUAUGUUAAUAAGAGGCUAAUUUGUGUUUGGGUAGUUGAAUUUA